AUGUUGAUCAAGAAUAUUUUUAUGGAGCUGCGCUCAAGGCUGCGAAGCUGUAACGUUUAUAUUACCACUGGAGUUGAUUUCAGCAAGAAUUGCAAUUUGAAAAUCAGCAUACAAUCCAACUGUAUCGUCAUCAAUCUUUACGACGAUUAUAAGUUGAAGAGAAGCGACAGUCUUUCCUCCAUUGAAAGCUUGUCGGACUGUGAUGAAUAUGACGAAGAAACGGAUGUUACCGCAGUUAUUCCUAUCGAUGAGUUCUGCUAUCUUAUACCGAAUUCUAUGUCAUGUCUUAAAAUUAACCAAAAUACGAUUUCCUUCCGGAUUCUCACCGAACCAAAGAACGGUGGUAAUUUCUAUAAUGAAAUCUUGUCUCCGAAUAAAUCGCCAGACUCAGUAAAAACUAGCAAGUUGAAGAUAAACGUCCAAGUUGAUAAUGAGCUGAAGUUUAUCUGCAGAAACUGUUCUAAUGUCGUUUCCGAAGAGUCAGUGAAGUUUGACCGCGUUCUAGAGCUUCCGUCGGUCAACAUGGAUAUAUCGGACUGGUUCUGCCAUGCUCAUGGCAGUACAAACCAUGAGGAAGUCUUGAAACCAAACAAGAAAGAUUUCCUCUACAGACUCACAUUCUUUCAAAUCAACAAGAACUCUUUGGCUGAAAAAACCAACAGGUUCAAUUCCAAAAGAGAUAUUUACCAUUGCAACCGAUGCCUGGCCUGGCUGGGACUCAAAACCAAGGAUAGUGUGAAACUAUUCAAUACAGAAGUAAAAAUAAUUCAAAAUGGCACGGAGCAGGCUGUAUUUUCUCACAAGUCUCCUUCAGAUAACAUGACAACCGAUGAUUUUAUAUUUACCAUUGAAAAAAUGACUCAAGAAUUCAACCUCGGAUUACAAUACACAGUAAUGUGCAAAAUUGUCUUGGAGUGUGCUAUUUCAGCCAAUAACAAGCAAUACUUACUCAUUUGGGUGAUGGAUAGGGAACUGCAAGUACUGAAAAACAUUGGAGAGUUUAUUGAAAAUGAUAAAAUUAAAUUACAGUCGAAUUUACUUACAAAGAUUUUGUAUAAAGUGGAGUCUUCCUUGAAUGAGGAGGUGGAAACCUGGCUUACGGAUCCAACGGUCGUCUCAACAGACAUAUCAAAGAAUAUGUUCCUCACAGGAGUAGAACAUUUACAGAACAUGUCUCUGAAAGUGCCAGAAUGUUUUCGCAAUACGAACGGUUAUUGUGUAAGUUACUUAAAAGUUUAAAUAUAUUAAUUUGCAAGAUA